GAGCAGGACCAGGACGUGCGUGCCCAAGCAGGGAGGGUUUAGUAUUGGAAGAAGGCAGCAGUCAAAUCUUGAGAUUGGCGGAGCUGCGGGGAAGCCUGAAACGGUAGUGCAGACACUGGAAAGACAGGUUUUGCCGAAGAUGGGGGCUGCCCCUCGAGGACGAAGUUCUUGUCCCAAGAACCCCUGUGGACAAACAGUAGCCCUAGGGAGGAAAGCGCCGGGCACGACAGCUCACUUCAACUUGGCACUGAACGGGUCAAUAUCCAGUUCCGUCCACAAAAACGACUCUCACAGAUGUCGUCGCCCCGCCUGUAACGUCACUGCCGGUUCAGAGUUUUCAUUGGUGACUGUGAUCCGGGGUCUUUCAGGACCCACCAAUCCAGAAGCCGGAAAGAGACUGUCGCGUGCCGCCAGAAUAAAGUGGACCGAGAGUCCGAGAGACCUAAAAAGGGCUAGGGGCGGGAUUAGCAGACCUCAAGCACUAGUUGGUUUCCAGAGGCGUGGGAAGCGAGCGCCUCAAAACUCAGGCAUCCAGCCUGCCGACUCAAACCCUGCGAGAGCAGAUAGUGUGGGCGUGGCCCUUAUCUCUCGCUGCGGGUCGCCGGCGGAGAUAGGUCUCCGUACCUCCACCUCCUUCUCUUACCUCAUUUUCUCUUGUCCCUAUCUCGUGGAUGAACUCUGGCCCCUGGGCGAAGACCUCACUUCUCCAUCAGCCCAUCCUCGCUCUCUGCCUUAGUUUCUUCUAGAUCAUCCAAUGAGCCGGACCGUGGUGGUGCUGGGCGGAGGCAUCAGCGGCUUGGCCGCCUGUUACCAUCUGAGCCGAGCCUCACGUCCACCCAAGGUGGUCUUGGUGGAGGGCAGCAAGCGUUUGGGAGGCUGGAUCCGCUCAGUGAGAGGGCCGGAUGGUGCGAUUUUUGAACUUGGACCUCGGGGAAUUCGGCCAGCCGGAGCCCUGGGAGCCCGCACUCUGCUCCUGAUAUGUGAAGAGCAGGUUUCUGAGCUUGGCUUGGACUCAGAAGUGUUGCCUGUCCGGGGAAAUCACCCAGCUGCCCAGAACAGGUUCCUGUAUGUAGAUGGGGCCCUGCACCCCCUGCCUUCUGGCCUCAGGGGCCUAUUCCGUCCUUCACCCCCCUUCUCCAGACCUCUGCUUUGGGCUGGGCUGAGGGAGUUGACCAAGCCCCGGAGCAAAGAGCCUGAUGAGACUGUGCAUAGUUUUGCCCAGCGCCGCCUUGGACCUGAGGUGGCGUCUCUAGCCAUGGACAGUCUCUGCCGUGGAGUGUUUGCAGGCAACAGCCGUGAGCUCAGCAUCAGGUCCUGCUUUCCCAGUCUCUUCCAAGCUGAGCAGACCCAUCGUUCCAUCAUACUGGGGCUGCUGCUGGGGGCAGGGCAGAGCCCACAGCCAGAUUCAGCACUUAUUCGCCAAGCCCGGGCUGAGCGCUGGAGUCAGUGGUCACUCCGUGGAGGGAUGGAGAUGUUGCCUCAGACCCUUGACACCUACCUGACUAGUAAUGGGGUCAGUGUUCUCAGAGGCCAGCCAGUCUCUGGGCUCACUCUCCAAGCAGAAGGGCACUGGAAGGUGUCUCUGGGGGAUAGCAGUCUGGAGGCUGACCACAUUAUUAGUGCCAUUCCAGCUUCAGCACUCAGCAAGCUGCUCCCUUCAGAGGCGGCCCCAAUGGCUCAAGUCCUUAGUACCAUCACUGCUGUGUCUGUGGCUGUGGUGAACCUGCAGUACAGAGGAGCUCGCCUGCCUGUCCAGGGAUUUGGACAUUUGGUACCAUCCUCAGAAGAUCCAGGUGUCCUGGGAAUCGUGUAUGACUCAGUUGCUUUCCCUGAGCAGGAUGGGAACCCCCCUGGCCUCAGAGUGACUGUGAUGUUGGGAGGUUCCUGGUUACAGAUGCUGGAGGCUAGUGACUGUGUCUUAUCUCAGAAGCUGUUCCAGCAGCAGGCACAGGAAGCAGUUGCCACACAAUUAGGACUGAAGGAGCCACCGAGUCACUGCUUGGUCCAUCUACACAAGGACCAAAAGGGACUGUCCUAGAGGCCGGAGGGACUGUUUUUGGUGCAGUGACCUGAUGCACUCGACGAUCUCACUAUCACCCGCGGGUAGCCUGAGCACUUCUCCCAGUGUGUCAAUGACCCCGCAUGCGGCGUAGGGCCACUUAGUAUCAAAAUUGUUUCUCGAUCAGGCUACGGUGUUGCGGACUACUGUAGCGCAUUUUGUGUCCUGGCGGUAUCUGCAGGCCUUGAAAUAGAAGCAGUGAAUAAAACAAUGAAACAUAGUGUGGAGGAAAAAGUGUUUCCAUAGGUAUUAUAAUAAAAUGGGCGCUACAAUGAUAAUGCAAUAUGUUUACCUUUGUGGUUUCCACUAGCCCCUUGCAUAGUGUUUCUUAGAAGCAAAUGUCCACUCUGAGGAAAUGUUAAGGGAUUUGAAUUACUCAGUGCCAGCCUCAAAAAGCUGAUGGUGUCUUGUGUGUAUGUGACGUGGAGGAAGGGAUAUACACAGUAUAGUGUGAUAAAUAAGAUAACCCAGAAAUGACAACUCAUUCACAGGUGGCGAUUCCGGAAAGGCUUUCCAGAUAUAGUGAUGGCUAGUGGGAAACCUGAAGAUCUUGUGUAUAUCCUAUUUUAUAUGAUUCUGUUUUCGUGGACAUUAAUUAUACAAUUUAGUAUAGGAGCCUGACCUGCGUGCAAAUUCCAUCUUGUCUGGCAGAGAUUCUAUUAAUCUCCUACUCUUCACUUGUGGGGAAAAAGCGAUUUUUGCCCCCAUUUUUUUAUUCAUUUUUGUAUUUCUAACUUGAAAAUGUGUCUGUUCUCUGGAUUUUCUCUUGAACCAAUUAGAACAUGUGCCAGUUCUUUUGUGAUUUAAACAGUACACUCAUUUUUAUAUGGGAAUCGAAAGACUGUCUCCUUAACCAAACUUUAGACAUUUCCUCUGAGCCGUGUUUUUAAAGGAGGCCUUGUUCUUGGGUGCCUCUUGGAUCUGCCUAGCCAGUUUUAGCAGGAAUCCUGUCAAGACAGAUAAGAGAGUCCUCCCUAUUCUGGAUAUCUGAUCACCCUCAACUACCUUUUGCAAAAAUCUUGUCAGCUUAUCUAGAAUUCCCCUAUCCUUGAUGUUAUUUUGUUUCCAUCCACUGAGCCUCACAUUUUGCCAAUAAAUCCCCACUUGUCCUUGCUGUAUUAGGAUUUCAGCCUGAUACAUCUGUCUCUCUUCCC